CGGUGACGUCAUUCUGCUUCCUGUCUGCGCGGGAAGUCGCUGAGCGAUGCUCCAAGCGGACCGGGCCGCCGUCAGAGGAGUGUCCGCCGGCUGACAGUGAACAUCGAGUUCGUCUCUCUCCGUCAUGGUGCAAAAGUCGCGUAACGGCGGCGUGUUCCCCGGAGCCCAGGCCGACCAAAAGAAGCUGAAGGUCGGUUUCGUGGGUCUGGAGGCCGGGGGGACCGAAUCCAGCAGGGACGGAGCGCUACUCAUUGCAGGAGCUGAUGAAGGACCUCGCCGGCAGCGCAGCAGCGUCUCUGGAGGAGGCAAGAAGCCCCCCAAAAGAAACGCCCUCUACAGGCGGCUGCAGAACUUCCUAUACAACGUCCUGGAGAGACCUCGAGGCUGGGCCUUCAUCUAUCACGCCUACGUGUUCCUCCUGGUUUUCUCCUGUCUGGUUCUGUCCGUCUUCUCCACCAUCCGAGAGUACGAGAAGAGCUCAGAGGAUGCUCUCUACAUCCUGGAAGUGGUGACCAUCGUGGUGUUCGGGGUGGAGUACAUGGUUCGCAUCUGGGCCGCGGGGUGCUGCUGUCGCUACCGGGGCUGGAGAGGUCGACUUAAAUUUGCCAGGAAACCGUUCUGCGUCAUCGACAUCAUGGUGCUGAUUGCGUCCAUAUCCGUGCUGGCCGCGGGGACGCAGGGAAACGUCUUCGCCACCUCGGCCAUCCGCUCGCUGCGUUUCCUUCAGAUUCUCCGAAUGAUCCGAAUGGACCGGCGGGGAGGAACAUGGAAGUUGCUUGGCUCGGUGGUGUACGCCCACAGCAAGGAGCUGAUCACUGCCUGGUAUAUCGGCUUCCUGUGUCUCAUCCUGGCCAGCUUUCUGGUUUAUUUGGCUGAGAAAGAAGACAACGAGCAGUUUGAGACGUACGCUGACGCCCUCUGGUGGGGACUGAUCACCUUGACAACCAUCGGUUACGGAGACAAGUUCCCCAUCACCUGGAAUGGACGUCUGCUGGCAGCGACCUUCACUCUCAUUGGAGUGUCCUUCUUUGCUCUUCCAGCUGGCAUCCUGGGUUCUGGUUUCGCUCUGAAGGUUCAGGAGCAGCACAGACAGAAACACUUUGAGAAGAGACGCAACCCAGCAGCUGGACUCAUACAGGCGGCGUGGAGGGUCUACGCCACAAAUUUGAGUCGUUCUGACCUGACAUCGACGUGGGACUAUUACGAGAGGACCGUGUCCGUCCCCAUGUACAGGUUAAUCCCCCCCCUCAAUCAGCUGGACCUUCUGAGGAACCUCAAGAACAAGUCUGGACUUUCGUUCAGGAAGGACGUCCAACCAGAACCGUCUCCCAGUCAGAAGGUCAGUCUGAAGGAGAGGGUUUUCUCAUCUCCACGCAGUUCGGGAACCAAAGGAAAAGGUUCUCCUCAACACGUAGUCCCAGUGGUUGGCCCAGGAGUUACUCCUGGAAUCCCCAGUGUCCCUGGGGGUGUUCAGGCCCUGCGUCGCUCCCCCAGCAUAGAUCCCAGUCUGGAGGACAGUCCCAGUAAGGUUCCUAAGAGCUGGAGCUUUGGAGAACGCAGCAGAACUAGACAGGCCUUCAGGAUCCGAGGAGCCGCCUCCCGCCAGAACUCUGAAGUUCUCAUAGAGAUGCAGGAUGAGGAGUUCAGACAAAAGAGCUCGCCAGACGCCAGCCUGCCGGGAGAAGACAUGGCCGACGACAACAAGAGCUGUCACUGCGAGUUUGUCCCGCAGGACCUGACCCCCGGCAUCAAGGUCACCAUCAGAGCCAUCUGUAUCAUGCGCUUCAUGGUGUCCAAGAGGAAGUUUAAGGAGAGUCUUCGUCCCUAUGACGUUAUGGACGUAAUUGAACAGUAUUCGGCGGGACAUCUGGAUAUGCUGGCACGCAUCAAGAACCUUCAGUCCAGAGUGGACCAAAUCGUGGGAAGAGGGACUCCAAUCGCAGACAAGGACCGACCCAAAGCGACAGGCGAAGAGCUACCCGAGGACCCAAGCAUGAUGGGCCGACUGGGAAAGGUGGAGAAGCAGGUUCUCUCCAUGGAGAGGAAGCUGGACUUCCUGGUGAACAUCUACAUUCAGCGAAUGGGAAUCCCUCAGGCCGAGACAGACGCCUACUUUGGAUCCAAGGAGCCUGAUCCAGCGCCACCUUACCACAGUCCAGUGGAGCAGCUGGAGAAGAGCCAGUCCAUUCACAAGAUCCUCCAGGUGUUUCCCGGUGACGGUGUGGACAAGAGUCAUUUUGGGACAAAGAUGGUCCGUUCCAGCAGUUCUACCGGACACAGGAACUACAACGCCGCCACCUGCACCCCCUCCACCUCUUGGCAGCCAAUCAGCUCUCACCUUCACCAGCAGGCCCCUCACCCGCCUCAGCGUAGCCAUGGCAACACUCCGAGCCCGGCGGGUGACGCCUCGCUCGUUCGACUUCCGCCGCCGCCUGCUGGAGAACGACACGGAGGAAACCGUUCCAACCGCCACAGUGUCGGAGAGCGCGGGGGUACCGAGAGGUCCGAGAGGGGAGCCGAGAGCGCCCACGGAGAAGCUGGAGGUGAGGAGGGGAAGCUGGACAGCGACGCCUCUGUAUCCAUCCCGUCUGUGGACCACGACGAGCUGGAGCGCUCCUUCAGCGGCUUCUCCAUCUCGCAGUCCAGAGAGAACCUGGACUUCCUCAACAACGGCUUCUACUCAGCCGCUGCCAACCUGGGGGACCGCCGCGGGGUGGGCGGGACCUCUUGCUGCGCCACUAUUCGACCGUACAUUGCAGAGGCAGAGUCAGACUCGGACUCGGAGCUCUGUGCCCCCUCGCCACACUCGGACCGCGCCUGGACCGGAACCAAGUAGAGUUGAGUGUAAAGCGAGCAGAACCAGCAGAACUGUAUUAAUAAUAAUAAUAAUAAUAAUAAUAAUAAUAGAAAUGUGAAUGACAAAAACACCAGCUGGAGUGGCAGUGAAGUAAAAAUGCACCAGCUGGGUUUAUGUCCUCGACUUUUUUUUUUUUUAAGUCGGCUGCAACACUGACAGGGCACUUUCACUCCUGAUUGGUUCACUGAAAGGACGCGCGCAGUCCUGACUGGUUCACUGAUGGGAUGUGCUCGCUCCUGAUUCGUUCACGGCAGGGACACACUCGCUCUUGAUUGGUCCACACUAGUUGCCUGCUUCUUGUCCACAUGAAAUACACUUUGCAUCAACACACACACACACACACACACACACACAAUCACUGCUACAUGUAUUCUUACGCUGUGUCAUUGUCAUGUCACUUCGGGCAUGAAGGGGGCGCUAAUUCACAGAACAAACUCUUGCCUUUCAAUCGUCAAUAUUGCAAAGGCAAACAAUAAGAGUAAAGCUUUUCCAGUUUGACACUAAACACUUUUAUCUAGCCGAUGAUGCUAGGUGAUCCCUUCUAACGCUGGCAACGCUAAAAUUACCUCGACGGUUAUAAUAAUCUCAUAUUAUGCUAAUUUAGCAUGGCUUGAUAUAUAUUUAAGAGCGGCAAAAACGCUAACAAGUCCUAGGAACUAAUACCAUAUAUAUUGACAAGUAUGGAGAAAUGUAUCUGAAUAAGCUAACGUGGUGAUUACGCGCUAAGAUGUCACGUGACACCAGCGACCGACAAAUACGUAACAUAGCAAUGUCCAUGGCAUUAUAUCAUAGCAAAAUCAUCCUAAUGUAUCCAUGCAGCAUGGCAGUCAUUAAAUCCACUUUCUCUGAUUUAGGAAAGGAAUAAGACAAACUUUUUGACUCGUUUGUGACCAGCACUGCACAUCCUAACCUGGCCUACAGGAGGCGCCGUCACAUCCAUUGAAUAUUACUGUAGCAAAGUGUUUUAUUUAACGUGGCUUCCAUGUGUGACUGACUGUACUCACCAGUAUUCUCAAUAAAAGCUUCAAUUGUUUCUUA